AUGGCAUCAACAAUAAGUAACGAUCGUGUUAGCAAUAAAUUAAUUAUUGAAGAUCUUGAUCUAAAAGGCAAAUGUGUUUUAAUUCGUGUUGAUUUUAAUGGUCAAAUUCUCGAUAAAGCUAAAACAAAACAUUUUGAAAUUUAUUUACAAAUUGAUUUUAUUGUUGCUAAUGAUUAUCUUGAUCUUGAUAUUGGUCAACAAUUAAUAGAAAAACCUUUUUGUGAAGCUAUUAAACAAGCUAAAACUAUUAUAUGGAAUUAUUCAACGGGAGUUUUUGAACACGAUCAAUUUGCUAAUGGUACACAAAAGAAAUAUUUACGGCUGUUGCUGAACAAACCAAACAACAUACUAUAA